CGGGGCCAUGGCGGCGGCGGAGACCAAGAUCAUCUACCACCUCGACGACCAGGAGACGCCGUACCUGGUGAAGCUGCCCAUCCCGGCCGAGCGGGUCACGCUGGGCGACUUCAAGGCGCUGCUCAACCGGCCCAACUACAAGUUCUACUUCAAGUCGAUGGACGACGAUUUCGGGGUUGUGAAAGAAGAAAUCUCUGAUGACAAUGCAAAACUUCCCUGUUUCAAUGGCCGGGUGGUGUCCUGGCUGGUGUCUGCAGAGGGUUCUCAUUCCGAUGCCGGGUCUGUCUGUGCUGACAAUCAGCCGGAGCUUCCUCCCUCCAUUGAGCGGACUGGAGGCAUAGGGGACUCCAGGCCUCCAUCUUUUCACCCCAACACAGGGGGGAGCCGUGAGAACCUGGACAAUGAGACAGAGACGGACUCGGUGGUGUCUGUACAGAGGGAACGGCCACGCAGGAAGGACGGACCUGAGCACGCAGCCAGGGUGAAUGGGACGGCCAAGGGGGAACGGCGGCGGGAACUCGGUGGCUAUGAAAGUUCUUCUACCGUCAUGAGCAGCGAACUGGAGACCACCAGCUUCUUUGACUCUGAUGAUGAUGAUUCUACCAGCAGGUUCAGCAGCUCGACGGAGCAGAGCAGUGCCUCCCGCCUGAUGAGAAGGCACAAGCGACGCCGGCGGAAACAAAAGGUGCCACGCAUAGAGAGGUCCUCCUCCUUCAGCAGCAUCACUGACUCUACCAUGUCGUUGAAUAUUAUCACCGUCACCCUCAAUAUGGAGAAGUACAAUUUCUUGGGCAUCUCCAUUGUCGGACAGAGCAACGAGCGUGGCGAUGGGGGCAUCUACAUUGGCUCCAUCAUGAAGGGAGGGGCUGUGGCUGCCGAUGGAAGGAUUGAGCCGGGAGACAUGUUGCUGCAGGUGAAUGAUAUCAACUUUGAGAACAUGAGCAACGAUGAUGCUGUGAGAGUGCUUAGAGAGAUCGUGCACAAACCGGGGCCCAUCACACUGACGGUUGCCAAGUGCUGGGAUCCCAGCCCCCGGGGCUGCUUCUCUCUACCCAGGAGCGAGCCCAUCCGGCCCAUCGACCCAGCGGCCUGGGUGUCCCACACCGCAGCGAUGACUGGCACCUACCCAGCGUACGGUAUGAGCCCAUCCAUGAGCACAAUCACUUCCACCAGCUCCUCCAUCACCAGCUCCAUCCCAGAAACCGAGCGCCUCGACGACUUUCACCUGUCCAUCCACAGCGACAUGGCCACCAUUGUCAAAGCCAUGGCCUCGCCGGAGUCUGGCCUGGAGGUCCGUGACCGGAUGUGGCUGAAGAUCACCAUUCCCAACGCCUUCAUUGGCUCUGAUGUGGUCGACUGGCUGUACCAUCAUGUGGAGGGGUUCACAGACCGGCGAGAAUCCCGCAAGUAUGCCAGCAACCUGCUGAAGGCCGGCUACAUCCGACACACGGUCAACAAGAUUACCUUCUCAGAGCAGUGCUACUACAUCUUUGGCGACCUCUGUGGCAACAUGGCCAGCCUGUCCUUGCACGACCACGAUGGAUCCAGCGGUGCCUCCGACCAGGACACUUUGGCUCCAUUGCCUCACCCCGGAGCUGCCCCCUGGCCCAUGGCCUUUCCAUACCAGUUCCCGCCACCCCACCCGUACAACCCCCACCCUGGAUUCCCUGAUCCAGGCUACAGCUACGGAGGGGGCAGCGCAGGCAGCCAGCACAGUGAAGGAAGUCGGAGCAGCGGCUCGAACCGCAGCGGCAGUGAGAGAAGGAAGGAGCGCGAGCCCAAGGCCGGGGAGUCCAAGUCGGGCGGCAGCGGCAGCGAGUCGGACCACACCACCCGCAGCAGCAUGCGGCGGGAGCGAGCGGCCAGCGAGCGCUCGGUGCCGGCCAGCCAGCGCAGCCACCACUCGAUGGCGCACAGCAUCCGCAGCCAUCACAGCCAGCACUCGUACGGGCCUCCGGGCCUGCCGCCUCUCUACAGCCCUCCUGCACUCCUGAUGCCUCCGCCACCUUCGGCCCUGGGACCCCCCGGGGCUCCCCCGGGCCGAGACCUGGCCUCGGUGCCCCCCGAACUGACGGCCAGUAGACAGUCAUUCCGAAUGGCCAUGGGCAACCCCAGUGAGUUUUUUGUGGAUGUAAUGUGAAACGCCGCCCCCCGUCCCUGUCUGUUUGCUUCCCCGUCGGCUUGUCUCCUAGAAACGACCCGCCCUCCGUCCAUGUGGGACGACCUUUGGUUUUGUUUUGGUCUUGAUAAUUAUGAAAAGGGAAAAAAAUAAACUGAACUAAAUGUUUUGAUUCUAAUCCCUGCCUGCGAACGGGCCCAGCAGCCUCUCCCGGCCACCCCGGACCUGCCUGCCGAGGCAAGCCUGCCCCGCUUGUGCCAGCCCCCUAACACUUUCGUUAACCCAUUAAUCCGCAUCUGCCUGGAGCCUCCUCUGCUCACCUGUGUGUUCCGUGCCGGCUCACUACUCCUGCCCUAAACACGUGCCCUCUUUCUUCUCGCCCCUUUUUGUGUCCCUUUCUGCCGAGCAGCCAAGAAUUACGGGGUGUUUGACUUCCUUUGAGCUGGCCGCCCGUGGCGGGGAGAGCCGUGGCGUGCUCUGGUGGUGGUUUGGCUCCCCCAGCAGAGGAAGACGCAGAGCCUGACGGGCAGGCACUUGGGCCCACGUGGGGGCCGAAGAUGGCUUCUUUUCCUGCAGGUGGAAGAUGCCCCACUUUGUCCAUAACCACGGGAGGGGAGCAGGGCUAAGAUCCAACUCUGUGUGUCUUCGGGCUGAUAAGUGUAGCAACUUGGUGGCCACUCACAGGAGGCUGUGAGGUGCAGGUGAGCUCCUGUCCUGCCAGGUGCUUGGGGCUUCCCUGUGCUCCGCUGUGCAGGACGUCUGGGACUGUGAGGAGGGCCUCCUUGGGGAAGUGUGCAGGGGGGGCUCGCAGUCCACCUUCCUUCUUUGCCUCUUCUCAGUGGGGACCAAAAGGGGGAGCACCAGCCCCUUGUGCCUCUUGUUCCUUAAGGUGACACAAGUGCCAUUCUCUCCCCCGGAAAAGGCUUGAUGUAUUACAUUGCCAUAACGUUAACGCAAAACCUGUUUCCACAAGCCAGGGUUUCUCUAUACCAGCAAUCCUAGUUAACCUUCUUCUUGAUGUAUCUCUCCUAUUUCAGAUGUCCUAAUAGAGCCCCCCCUUUGCAUGCAGGAUCUGUCUUUCAUUAGCUUAUCAAUCUCAUGUCCCUUAUGUCAAGAUGUCUGAGUCACUGGCUAUCUCCAGGCUCAUUUCCAUGCAUCAGUGUGAAUUGGUGCUUUCUCUUCCCUUCUUUUUCCUUUGAGGCCCAUGUCUCAUUCAUACUUGGUUUCCUUUUGACCAUUUUUAAAAUGAAAAGAGUGAGGGAGUGGGGCAGGGAGAGAAAGAAAGAAUGCACAGAGCUUCUUAGCUGUAUGGUACAGCCGGCACAAUGUCCACCCCACACCCCCCACCCCGGUCAUUGUGAACACGAUUAACCCUUAUGUAUGCAUGCUGGGAUUCUGAAUAUAGUAUUGUCCACAAAAUUCAGUUUCCAAGUCCUGUUUUUAGUAAAACAAGUUUCUGGAUCUUCAUGAUUGUGAAGAGAAACUUACAAGUGUACAGGCAAACCCUUUUGAAAUGUCCCAUGGCAGAAGCGUUGCUGUGCUAAUUUAGUCCAUGAGCCAGAAGAUGGCAUGGAUGUUCCCUGCACUGUGAUUGGCAGGGGAGUUGCGGUGGGGUUCCCCCCUCCCACCAUGAAUUAGAUGAGCACCCCAGUCAGUUCCUGCACCCGCCGGAGUAGCAACAGAAUUAGGGCAGUGGGACUUGCCACAAAACGUUGCCCGGGUGUGGAGCGCUCCUGCUUCAUCCCACCUAGCUCUCUUCCCCUCAGUAGCUUGUUUGCAUUCUUUGGCCAGUGGGCAAGCUCAUUCUUGAGUGGGCUCUCCACCCCGUAGAUUGUAUUAUAAAAGUUGAAAAACGGGUUAAACGCAGCCUCGUGGCAGCUUUGCGCAGCUGGCCAGCCACUGGCAGAGGCCCUGCUCGGCAUGCCAGCACUCCCAGGUUCAGUCCGCAGAAUCCCUGGGCAGGCCUAGAAGAACACCUUCCUGAAGCCCUGGCUGCCAGGUAGAGUUGGCAUUGCGGUGUUAGGGGCAGCAAAUGCCCAACUUCACAUAAGGCACCUUCCUACGCUCUGAUGCCAAAAACAGGUGGAGGGGGUAGGAUAAGGUGGGCAUCAGGGGUGCGCCAAGUGCAGUGCCAGCCCUGCUGUUGUGGGUGGCUGGCGGCAUUUCGGCCACCUAAGCAAGGAUACCCGGCCCGGAUAUGGAGUAGAGAGAGAAUGGCGAUUGCGCUAAACAAGGCUGAUUCACUGGUCUGAAUCUGCAUGACCCGAGGGGCAAAGUUAAUCUUUUCUUGCAGGAACAUGAUCACCCGGCAGCAUCAUUCUGAUUUUUUAAAUCAUGACAUUCAUGUGGACAUGCCAUUAUUGUAGUUUCUAGAGAGGGUGUUCCAUUCCAGUGCCACGCGACCUCAGUACAGUUCUGCCAAAGUUAGGCAUCAGUGGGGACGGCUGUCUGUUAUCUCUAGUUCUUUGUCCUAGUACUCAUGUACUCUCCUGGUCUUCCCUUUGAUUUGCUUGUCUGCCAUCCAAGGACAGAUGGGAUCCUUAACCGGUGGCCUUCGUGCAUCUUGUUUGCCUGGUUUUGGAUAGCCCUUGUGCACCUAUUCCACUUCCCUCUGCGGGGGAUCUGACUUGACCAGGUUCCCCCAGAAGGGUCCCAGGUAGGCCAGCACCAUCCCGCAGUUCAGCCCUGCAUAUUGCAUGCCAACCGUAAUGCUAGUCUCCACCUCAAACCACGGCUGGGUGGGACUUCAACAGGCUACCUCCAUUCCAGGGUGGUCUUGAGCAAGGGAAGGGAAUUCUAAAAAUCUAACACUGAGGAGCAGAGCUGAGGUCUUCUGCUGGACCCAGGCUCUGAAUGAAUUCUAGCCACACCAGAAAGGAGGAAGGAAGGAAGCUGUGAGUGAAAAAGAACGGUGUGUCUUGUGUGCCUGAGUGCAUGCAUCCUUUUCCAUUCCCCCUCUCCUGUUCUCCCUUGCCUUAUUUACCUGAACUGCUUUUUGGACUUCUCACUGUCUCUUUCUUUUCCUUUUAAAUUAUGAGUGAAAGAGCAGCAGAGGUAGCAAGGCAUCAGCUGCUCCCACACAAGAGUUCUGUGGGGGUCUUAAACUUUUCAGGAGUCUGGAUGGCCGCAUUGCUAGCAGUCACGCCCCAGAGUGGACACGCUGGUGGCAGACAGUGGGGAAUAUAUAGUUCUAAAAGUGUUUCUAGGCAUGUUCUGUUUGUUAAAUGGCAGAACAAAAAUUGUGGGGGAAAGAGAUUCUGGAAGUCCAGGGACAUCUUCAUAGUUGUUCGCCUUCCCUCGUGGCUUCUUUGUCAGCUCCCUCCUUAAGCAAAGCCUCCCACGCCACACUCGUCCGUGUCUUCCUUUGUUGUGCAUGUAUGUUCAGUGUUGAAUGCAAAACGUAUUAAAUCUAGACUUGGGGAGCCUGCAAUCGUGCAGUGUUGAAAAAGUGCAACACACACACACACACACACACACUUUACCAUGCACAAAGCUUUAUACAGUUUCUAAGCAAUUCCUAGUGCGGAUUCAGCUUCCCGUAGGUACUCAUGAGUGAAGAUCUUGUUGCUCUGAUUGUAGAGGUUGGAAUCUGUUCAGCUAAGAAUUCCCAAGACCUUGGCUGUCACACCCUGGCCCUGUUCCGCGCACAAACACUUGUACAAUUUCUCACACUGCAUUUUUAGCUACUUAAAUAUCCCAGGGUUUUGCACUGCUGCCAAGGCGCCGGAAGCAGCACGCUCUCUUAAGACUGUGCAGCAUUCACUAGACGGUACACUUCCAGUCUCUUUCUGCCAUUGUCCAAACUUGACCUUCCUGCACUGGUAUGGACACUUUAUCACGCACGUUCUGUGUGCCAGCUCAACCGGUUUUGGAUUCUCUUGUACUGGCAGGGCAUGCUCUUGUAGACUGAAGUGCUCUUUCCACUGCUACUUUCCUUUCCGUGUCCAGUCCAACCUCAGCUCAUGCUCUGCCUUACUUGCUAGAGCUUCUCUGUAAUAUCAGUUCUUCUCAUCUGUACCUUUGCCAUUUUGCUGUGGGUCCUUUCAGUUGGGCCGCUUUCUUUCUGUCUGCCAUCCGCCUGUGCAUGACCACUGUGUCACGCUCUCUCUCUUCUGUUUCACUCCCAUGCCUUCUCACUUCCCCUUUUGCCGGUCCUUUCCCUUCCUUGGUAAUGAUAUAUCAUCAUCUUUUUCCUUCAAACUCUCUUCCUUCUCCUUCGGUGCUAUUUUGUCAUACAUAUUACCUUUUCUCCGUGCCCCAUUUUAUAUAAAUUGAAACCAUCCUAUGUGUUUUUAUUUAUAAAAUAGUUUUAUUGGACUAAA